UACUACUCAUUAGUUUGGUCUUGGCGAAAACUCAAGACUCCCAAAUGACGAAACGUUCAAGGAUAUCAACACUCAAUUCGUCUCUCCACCAAGCUUGAAUGUGGUGUCUGAUAUGACGAUAUGUGCAACUACAUAGUCCUAUGGCUUUCUUUACACUUAGUAUAUUAGUAGAUCCUCCUCGAGGAUUUCGAAUAUCAAAAGUUGACCUAACUAGCUUCGUUUCAGCGUAAUCGUCGUUACGUGAACAUACGUCUAGUCUCGAGGUGCAUUGGAUAUUUAGCUAUACAAUAGUCCGACACAAGGAAGUAGCGGUAUCAUCAUCAUACCUAUCAUCCCAAUUCCAACUCCCAAUCCCGGCUCUCCUUCAAUGGGCAGUCCCGACUCUCCACCGCCCCGAGCCCAGCGGCGGAACCCUCAGCGACGCCAACUCGUAGGCACCAGCAUCAUCCUCACGCUCCUCGUCUUCAUCCUCUGCUACACGCGCUCCCCAUCAACCCUCCAAAAAAUCUUUACGAUGACCCCCAUAUCUCCAAUGGCGUCUCCCGACUCCCUCCCCGACCUAACGCACCCUCACCUCCUCGCUAGCCUUCCCUCCACCGCACUCCCCAAGCCCGGUAGCCCAGGCCGGUUAAUCGUGAUCGGCGACGUACACGGACAACUCACGGCACUCGAUGCGCUCCUCGCGAAAGUCAAGUACAACGGCGCGCGCGGCGACCGCGUGGUAUUCACCGGGGACAUGGUGAACAAGGGCCCAGACAGUUCCGGCGUAAUCAACCGCGCUAUAGAGAUAGACGCUUUCGGUGUGCGAGGGAACCACGAGGAUCGAGUUCUGCGGGCAUGGAAAAAAUUGCACAGGGGUGGUGGUGGUGGUGGGAAGAAGGGUGGGAAGAAGCACGUGAAGGCGGAGGAUGAGGAUAAGGAUGAGGGUGAUAGCUCGGGAGAAGAAACGAAAGAGGAAGAAGAGGAUGGGAAGAUAACCAAAUCCUCAGCCCGCGACCGCUCUACCGCCGCGACCCUAACCCCGGCGCAAGUCACUUGGCUCGCGAAACUACCCGUGAUCCUGCGCGUCGGCGUCGUGUCCCCACAUUACGGCGACGUAAUAGUCGUGCACGCGGGCCUCGUCCCGGGGAUCCCGCUGGAAGAACAAGACCCAUGGGCCGUGAUGAACAUGCGAACGCUAAUCUCGCGAUCGCGCUCGCACUCCGUCUCUACCCCCUCCAUAGAUUCAAUCCCCGACUCUCCAACUACGGAAGACACAUCCACCCUCAAACACCCCACCUUUAAACCGAGUAAAGGCCGCGAAGGUCGGCCCUGGUCCAAAGUCUGGAACGAAGCGCAGAAAGAAAAUACCAAGACAGAGAAGGAAGGCAAGAACAAGGGCAAGAAAGAGCAUAGAACAACCGUAAUCUACGGCCACGACGCCAAGGUCGGAUUGAGCAUACGACGGUACGCGUUCGGGCUAGACAGCAGCUGCGUCACGGGCGGGGACCUUACGGCGCUGGUAUUAGAGUCUGCUUCUGGCUCUAAUUCCGCUUCCACAUCUGACCCAGUCUAUAAACAACAAGAUAGUGGCGAUGAAGCGACUGAUGUGGAUGAACAAGCAAAGCACGGCAUAACGCACCGCAUCGUCAGUGUGCCUUGCGAAGACGGGUCACACAACGGUAAAGGGGGGAAGAAGAAGCAUAAGGAUAAGGGGAAGGGUGAUAAGAAACACAAAGAUCAUAAAUCAUAGAUGAAGGGAAUUAUAAAUGUCUACUACGUGCGAGCAAUCAUGGGGGAAGGAAGGGGGGGAGUUGAUAAUUAAAACUUCAAAUGUUGUUUGGAUAGAUGAAAGGAAUGCAUGGUACUUGACAUUAUACCCGAGUACAUAUGGGGAUUAGCGAUUGGGGUUUUAUAUUUCUGUUAGCAAGUAGAUACGGUACGUAUAGUUGGCAUUCAUACUUUACGAGCAUUGGGCGUGGGAGUAUUUGAGAGCGUCUGAUUGGAGGGAAACAAUGUAAAGAU